AUGCUGAUGGUUAAUUACUAUGCCUUUCUUCUCUGCAUAUCAUGGGUACAGAAGAUCAACAUAACGAAAGGUGUGAUUACAAGUUGCGCCCUUCCCUUUCUUGCUUUUUGGCAUAUUUUCCGAAAUUUGUUUAAAAUGAACAGCGGGUAUUUUGUUUUGGCUUUUUUGGUUGCCGUUAUUGCUAUUGCCAUAUUCAUUGUAACACCUUCUUCAAUAUUUCAUUGUGAACGCUUUGAAUUGAUGAAGCCGCCAAAGCUAGAAGGUGUUUUAGCGGUGAAUAGUAUAUUAACAAAAGCAGAUUAUCUUUUGGAGCAUAAAAUUUUCGGGCCAGAAUCAAUUAUUGUAGAAAAAGAUAGUAUUAAAACAGGGACGCAAAACGGAAUGCUAAUUGCCGUCGAAUAUGAAAUUAUUCGGAAAACUUCUAGAUUUGGAUCAGUCAAUCCCGAUCUAUGCGAUGGUGGGUUUGAUAUGGAACCGAAAUGUGGUCGACCGUUAGGUCUUCGUCAAUUAGAUGCUGAAAAUAUAUUAGCCAUUGAUACUCACCUUGGCAUUUUUUCCGUAAAUUUUGAAAAAGGGCAGCACACGGUAGUAUUAAGAAAUCAAAUGGAAGUGGAUGGCAAAUUAAUGAAAUUCUUAAAUGAUAUUGAUGUAGUAAAUGAAGACGUGCUGAUAUUUACGGAUUCUUCCAGCAAAUGGGAUCGACGCCAUCUGAUGAAUAUUUUGUUAGAGGGUAUUCCUAAUGGAAGAGUUUUGCGUCUAACACGAUCAACUGGAAAAAUUGAUGUAAUUAUGGAUAAAUUGUAUUUCCCGAACGGUAUUCAGCUGUUUCCUGACAAACAAUCAUUUCUGGUCUCUGAAACAGGUGCUGCUCGGAUUAAAAGGCACUGGAUUGCGGGCCCACGAAUGGGUGAAACGGGAAUUUUCGUUGAUAAUCUACCUGGUUUACCGGAUAACAUACGUCCAGGUAGCAACGGAACAUUUUGGAUAGGUUUCGCAGCGGUACGCCAUAGUGAUCAGUUCUCAUUGCUCGAUUACCUCGCUGAUAAACCGUACAUACGAAAAUGUAUUCUUCAGCUGGUACCGGAACGACAAUGGGAAUGGCUAUUAUCAAUGUUUGCUACAAAACAUGCGCUAAUUUUGCAGCUCAGUGAAGAAGGGCAAAUAAUAGCUAGUGCGCAUGAUCCAACGGGACAAGUAAUUAAGGAAGUGUCACAAGUGACAGAAGCCAAUGAACACCUUUAUUUGGGCAGUUACCGUGCUCCAUUUAUUGCUCGUCUGCGCAAGGACCUCAUCGUUUACUAA